UGGCAGCGGUCGCACGGACGGGCGGUCUCUCUUCAGCGUUGUGUACUACGAUCAACCCAGUUACCGUGCUUUUCUCACGUUAAAAGUGCGUGCGUUCGUCAGAUAAACUUCUGGAUAGACCCGAACCUUAUUCAAUUUAAUCUAUUAAUCCUAAUCGAGUAGUGUUUUGGAGAAAUUUUUGUGGAUAAAAUUCAAUGUUUUGAAUCUGUUUAUUGGAUAUUUUGAUUUAGUUACAGUCAAGAAAGUUUGGUUGCGGAAUAUAUAUUUCUUAAUUUUUGUUGUCGGGGGGAAAGUUUGGAUUUAUUUUGUGCACAAUUUAAUUUUUGCAUCUGCUUAUGUCGAUUCUUAAUAUGCAACAGUCAGUGUUAUAACUGCAUGAUUAAUAUUGGAGUUUUGAUAAUGAAACAAUAACUUUAUCAACAAUAUCCAGGGAUUACAAUUUUUUGGAUACAUUUAAUAUUUAUGUUCUUGUGAAAAGAAUUAAAAAAUUCUAAACAUUAUUAUUCAUUCUAAUAUAAAAAUUACUUCUCUUACAUAUUAGUGCGGCAUAAAAAUAUUUUGGAACUUAUUGAUUUUUUUCCCUCUCAAAUGUUUUUUUCUAAUUAAAUAAUUCUGUACAUGAAUAUCAAAUAUUACAAAAUUUGAUCUAUAAAACAAUUUUGAAAUUUUCUUGGAUAAAUUCCAGCGACAGUUUCUGCAUCUAUUUGAUAUUCUAAAUUUUCGAGCAUUUCAUAUUAAAAAGAUUUCGAUUCAAUUUGAGUGUCAAAUUUUGCACGUAUUUGAAUUACUGAAACUUUUCUAUUGUAACUAAGAUAUUCGCCAAAUUAUAAUCUCAUACCCACUGGAAUAAAUCGCUCUAAAAAUCAAUUUCUGUCAAAAAUAUUCUGACCUCAAUAUAUUUUUACUGUUAAGUGGAUUAACUAUUGCCAACGAUGGCUUUCCUGAAGUAAUGCCAAUAUUUAUUGUUUGAAGUAGUCAAUGAGCAACUCCACUCGAUAUCCGAUGUCCUGCUGAUUCGACCCAUUCCAUCGGGCUGGCUGAGUGCGUUGUGUUCGUGGGCAAUGAGCACCCCAUGAGUGAGAACAACAUUGUCAGGGAGUGGCUCAAGUAUCUGGAUCUCGAGCAGUACUAUGAGAGCUUCGUGGACAACGGCUACGACGAUCUGGAGAUGUGCAAGCAGAUCGGCGAGCCGGACCUGGACGCCAUCGGUGUCCGGACCCCCAAACACCGGCAGCUGAUCCGGCAGGCGGUCCGGACCCUGCUGGAGAAAGGGGGCACAUCGGUGUACAUCAGCUUGGAGGAGUGUGGCCGCCUGGGGAGGGAUGGCCCCAAGGGAGAUGGGGUGACUCACUCGUCGUCUGGUGCUCAGGAGGGUGCAGCAGCAGAUGAUUCUGGGAGGAAGUCAUCCAUCUCUGUUGACAACCGGUCCUCUCCCACCACCCUAUUGUCAUCAUCAAGAUUCCGAAGUUCCAGUAGCACAUGCAUUGAUCGAGAUUCACGAGAAAAGUAUCAUCCUGAAGGCAAGAAAAAAGCAGGUCUGGGCAAGUUUUUCCGUCACCUGGGUAGCGCCAAGACUUCUCCCCGCCACGGUCCCAAACCCGGAUUGCCCAAGAGUAACUCUCAGGCAGAGCGCUCACAAAUCGAUGAUGCUUCGCCUGGCCAUGGUAAUGAGGCAGAAGAAGAAGAACAAAUGAAAAUUGUCAAGAUGGUGCAGGAGAGUUACAUUUCAACACGGGCACAACCGUCGCAGUCGGUCAUUGCCGAAUUGGGUCGAGCGAUGUCCUGGUCAUCCCAAGGGACGAAGAAGAAAGACAAAAACUACAUGUCCCUCUUCUUCACGGAAGGUACAGCAAAGAACUCCAAGUCCUUCGAUCCUGCCAAAGAAUCCAAGUCCUGGUGCGAACAAACGACUACAUCCAAGGAGAGUCCAGGCACCACGGCCUCUUCUCCAGUGCUGACUAAUCACUGCACAAGCACAACUGCAGCGACUACGACGACCACUUCGACGGAAAAGAGCUCGGCUCCAGGAGUGUGCGGUGGCGAUUGCGGAAACAUCAUGUGCAGUCUCAGCCCAGUGUGCAUCGAAGACAUCUUCGACGAUCCCAAGAAACCGAGCUCCCCGACCGGCCCUCCCAGUGAUGAUGUAUCGGAUGAUGGCAGUCUAAGACGGAGAACGAAGUCAGAAGGUUGCUAUUCGGCUGCGUAUCGUUGCAAGUCCAAUAAGAAAAGUAGUCCAAGUCUCGAUUCAUCGAGAGAGUUACUCUCCCCUCCUGCUCAAGAUGAUUCAGAUGAAGUUGAUACUGGUCCUAACGAAGGGAAUCGUACUUCCUCCUCCACCACCACGUGGAGCGGGCGUGUGCGAGAUCUGAAGAGAGAGGUGAAACACCGGAUCUGUCGGUUGCGGAGUCCCAAGUCAUCCAACUCGACACAAGUUCCUGAAUCUAAUACUACUGUCUUAGAAGCACCCGAUUCAACCGAAAACAUUUCUAAAGAGUGUGAUACUUUGACCAAUCAACAGAGCGUCCUCUCCAACAGCAAUCAGGGGUUCAGCAGCACGGGCGAGGAGGAAUCAUUUGGCGAGGGUGGACGGACUCUGGGUAAGGCCAGGGCGCUGGUGGAUUGCACCCCCAGCCCCUAUGAUAAAGAUGGACUUGCUUUCAAGAAAGGUGAUAUCAUCGAUAUUUUAGCCAAGUCUAGUUCUGGUUACUGGGUGGGAAAGCUUGGAAACCAGAUCGGUCAUUUCAAGUUCAUCAAUGUGGAAGAAAUUCCAAACGGAGAUAGAAAAACCUCCAAGAGACGGUUUUCAUCGUUUGACAACAAGUCCAAUUUGGGAAAGACGCUAGAAGAUCUUUUACAGCAUCUCGGACUAGAGAUAUACAUGAAUGUGUUAGUGCUAAACGGCUAUCACAAUCUCGACAGCCUCAAAGGUAUAGAAGAACAGGAUCUGAUUUCUCUUGGAAUUGUGAAUUCGGAUCAUCGGAUAAAGCUCUUGAAUGCAAUCGAAUAUUUUGAAGAUUUAAACUUUGGAGUGACGCCCAGUUCUAUGGAAGGAACCCAGUCGCCUCUUCAUCAACAAAAAUCCAAUCACGUUUCGUUUUCUUCGAGAUUUUCUUCCCCCAGAAAGCGGAGCGAAUCAUGUUCCAGCAAUGUGCCUGAAUCCUACCUUCCUUACUCGCCAAAAGUUUCUAAUACGGACGCUUACCCUGACACAGCUUACACGUGCAACGAAAUAAAUAACCUGGACUACGGAAUGCCCUCUGUAAACAGAAAUAAUGGCUCAGAACAAAUAGAGGAUGACAGGUCCCGAGACAUCCUCAAUAUACCCCUGAACAGACCAUCUGAUAAACUGUAUUUCUACUCAGAUCUUCACUCCAAUCAAAAAAUACACUACUCUUACGGCCGUGGUAUUAGUGCUUAUACAGAACAACUGUACUUCUCGAGGGCGGGACUCGUCAUAGACUCGCCCAACAAGAGCCAUCUUCUUUCACAAAUGAAUUACUUGGAAAAGCUGUCGGACUUUUCUGUGGGCGGGCCCACUUUCAAUCAUCUGAAUGGAUCCAUUUAUCCAAAUAGCGGUUCGUAUAUUACCAAAGAGGAAAAAUAUCUGAUGGAAUCGUCCAGGCUGAAACUAAAAGAGCAGAUGAGAUCGUUUGGCCAGGAAUCCAACCAUGUAAACCAGAGAAGGAAUGAAAGUGAUUUCAACGGAUAUCUAGAUGAAGGCCCGUUCCAGAAUUCUCUUCCUUUGGAAUCUAGCGAAAACAAUGGGAAAUCUUUGACUUUGCCGAGGCAGAUGAAAGGCUGUCCUCCCAGUGAUCUGCUGAUCUUGCAGCCGGCAGAUGUCGGGGUUUACAAGUCUGACAGGAAGGGCAAGAAAUCGAGACGGAGAAAGGAAAGUCCGCAGCCACUUUUGCAGUGCUCAACGCAACCUUUCACUCUAGAUGAUUUCGUUGCGAAAAAAUUACAGGACGAACAAAUCGAUUUAUGUUUGGAACCUUAUACCGACAAAACUGGAUUUUGCGGUAUCCCCCCGGCACUGGUGCAGCGAUACGCCGACGAGCUUCAACAAGACAUAUUUGACGUCGCCGAGGCCUUGGACAGAGAGAGGGUUCGAGCUCUGCAGAGGCGGGGAAGACCUGCGGUACCAAACGAUUUUCUGGCAGAUUCUUGCUGCGAGCCAGUGGUAGAAGCCAAUUACAACAGUCUUUCCGACUGGUUGAUUUCCCUAGGUCUACCAAUUUACGAGAAAUUGUUCCACUGCAAUGGCUGUACAGAACUCUAUCACAUAGCUGGGCUGAACGACAAAGACUUGAUUCGUUAUGGAAUUGAAAAUCCCAAACAUAUCCGUCUGUUAACAACUGCCAUCGAAGCUCUACACAUACAUAUUGAACACUGUCAAUAUAUUGCAUAAUAACACUGAAGCUGUGCGAAUCCGAGAUAUCGUUUGGUUUCUUUUUAUUGUGAUUUGUAAUCAAAAUGUUUAUCCAAAACUUAAACCUCAUUUUUUCCCCUUAUAAAUUACCUUUUCCUCUCAGAGAAACACAAAAUGUAAUAAACAAAAGAGGGACUAAGAAUUUUCUUUAAUCGAAAAUUUCACUGAUUUUAUUUGUUCCAUUGUUAUUAUAACUAAAAAAUAAUCUAAAAAUGUUAUAAUUUUCUCGUUUUAAAUCAGCCAGGAUUAUUAUUAAAACUAUGACUUUACACUUGGGAAACAUUCCUUCAAUUUCUCUUAUUUGUAAAUUAUUUUCUCAUAUUUUUUUUUACAUGUGGAAACAAUCAAUUCUGUGAAUUUUAUUGUCUUUGCUACAAACCUUUAUUUUUUACAAUUGGCUUUCCUCCAAAUUAUAUUUCCUCGCAAACAGAAAUCAAGAUUCUUAUAAUAAACACAGAAUUUCACGUUACUUCUAUGGCAUUAACAUCUUACUUAUUCCGUCUUACUCUCCUAAAAUAGGAUAUAAAAUUCACAUAAAUUGUUCUUAAGUAUUUUUACCCUACUAUUAGUUACAUU